GUUUUGGAAGGGCAGCCAUCAGGGACAUUUAUUAUCACCAUCUUUGCAAAAGACUUCGAUUCUGGAAACAAUGGUUUUGUAUUAUAUUCAAUAGAACCAGAAGAGGAUAUAGGAUACUUCCAGAUUGAUGCUGUCAGUGGAGAGUUAAGAACAACUCGGUCUCUGUCAUAUGCUGAAAGAUCAGACUAUAGAAUUGUGGUCACAGCCAGGGACCAGGGGACCCCUUCGCUUCAAGGACAUGCUGCUGUUUAUAUCCAGGUAAUCCCACUUCCCAAUGGGAGAUCUGGCUUCUCUCAAGAUUUCAAGCACUUUGUUGUACCUGAAAAUUUUAAACCUGCACAAGUGUUGAAUUCUCUGAAGUGGCCUGACAAUCAUCUAUCAACUAACAGGAAACUACAUUUCAGUUUUGCUAAAGAUGAUGAUGAUGUUCAUUUUGAAAUAGAUAGCUUGACAGGAGACAUUUUUCUUUCCAAGGAGCUUGACUAUGAAACAGAUUCACACUUUCUCUUGCAAGUUAUUAUAAAGGAACUUAACAGUAAUCCCCCACAGAAUAACACCGUCUUCCUAAGUAUCGAUGUAGAAGAUAAGAAUGAUCAUUCUCCGUAUUUUCAAGAUGACUUUGUAGUGAUUGGCAUAGAGGAAAAUGUACCUGUUGGCACUUUGGUUUACACAUUCCAUGCAAAAGAUGGAGAUGGCAGUUUUCUGAACAGCAAAAUACAGUAUUCCCUAGAAAUGAAUAACAGGACUGAAAAUCCAUUUUUUAUUCACCCUUCAUAUGGCACCUUGACUACAGCUUUUCCACUAGACAGGGAAAUUACUCGUUCUGUGAUCUUUACAGUGUCUGCUACAGACCAGGCAAUAAAUGUGACUGAUCGGAGACUGGAUUCCCUGGCUGUGAAAAUUGUUAUUUUAGAUAUCAAUGACAACAGUCCCAGUUUUAUGUCUUCACCUCUUUCUUAUGUCAUGGAGGAUGUGGAGAUGGGCUUCCUUGUACACCACAUAAUUGCAAAGGAUCCUGAUGAGGGAAGAAAUGGUCAAGUUACAUAUCACAUUCUUUCAGGCAACGAAAAUAAAUCAUUCAUAUUGGAUAAAAUCACAGGAUUCUUAACUACAGCCCAGUCUCUGGACCGUGAGAUUCAGGAACGCUACAGUUUGACAGUCAUGGCCCUUGAUGAUGGCAGCCCAGCUCUCUCUGCCACGCAGGUUCUAACUGUCAUUGUUCUUGAUGUGAAUGAUGAGACCCCAAUGUUUCUGAAGCAAUUUUACAAGGCUACAGUUCGUGAAAACCAAGAUCCAGGGGAGUUUGUCAUAAAAGUGGAGGCUAUGGACAGAGAUGCAGGACUGAAUUCCUUGCUUCAUUAUGAAAUCUUACCAGGAGCUGGUUAUGAGAAAUUCAAGAUGAACUUGGGCAGUGGAGAACUCACAACAACUGCAUCACUUGACAGGGAAACCCAGGAGGUUUUCAGUAUUAAAGUUUUGGUUCAAGACGGUGGAACCCCAUCGCUGUCAAGCACAGUGACAGUUAUCUGCACGGUGCUGGAUGAAAAUGAUCACUCUCCCAUGUUUCUUCUUCCUGCCUUUGAGAUCUGUAUCCCAGAGAACCAACAGCCUUCUGUUGUUUAUAUUACCCGGGCUGUAGAUAUGGAUGCUGGCAAUAAUGGAGCUCUAAGAUACAAAAUAAUUGGUGGAAAUGUUGGAGAAUACUUCACACUAAAUAACACUUCAGGAAAACUGCAGAUCACUCGUAGCUUAGACAGAGAAGACAUCAGCAAUUUCACUCUUGUAAUUGAGUGCCAUGACCUAGGCAGUCCCCCAAGAAGCUCCACUGCACAGCUCUAUCUAACAGUCUUGGAUGAAAAUGACCACAACCCACUGUUUGCAAAGACACAGUAUCAAAUCUCCAUUACGGAAGACCUAGAGGAAGGCUCAGUCAUUCUGGACCUCUAUGCUUCUGAUGAAGAUGAUGGCCUGAAUGGUGAAGUUAUGUACUCCCUCAUUGAUGACACCUUUGGAGCAUUUGCUAUUGACAGUGUAACAGGAUCUAUAGUUACUACAAAGGCAUUGGACCGGGAGACCAAGUCGCAGUAUACAUUUAGGGCUGUAGCAAGUGACUGCAGCACCCAUUUGCCAAGGAGUACCACUGUCAGUGUUGUGGUAUAUGUUGAUGACGUCAAUGACAAUGAUCCUGUUUUUUUGCAGAACCCUGUCAGGGUCUUUGUGCCUGCUGAAACUGCUGUGAAUGAGACAGUAGCCACUGUGAGAGCAGAGGAUGCGGAUCUGGGAUCAAAUGGAGCUAUUGUUUUUAAUUUAAUGACAGCAGAAACUGUAUUUCAGAUUGAUGCGAAGACAGGUGACAUCAUUCUUCGGGAGCCCUUGGCUUCCAAGGACUUUGACACCCAGCUGCUAGUGACGGCUUCAGAUCAAGGUAUCUCACCGCGAACAGCCACGGCAAUGGUUAUUAUCUUUACAGAAGAACAAGAGGAGGAAAUUUCAUUCAGCCAUAGCCUGUACGAGGCAAGCGUGCCUGAGAACAGUGCAGCAGGUGUAAUCACAGUAAAAGAACCAAAGUUUCUUGAUUACGAAGUUAAGUGCAAAAUCCAUCUUACAGUUUUGGCUGAAAACAGCUUGUAUUCAGCUCUCUGUGGAGUGACAGUUUUGAUUCAAGAUGUGAAUGACAAUGUACCUAAAUUUGAGCAAAACUAUUACAAAGCAUCAGUAUGGGAAGGCCAAAGUCCUAAAACAGACAUCCUACAGGUAUUUGCAACUGACCUUGACAGUGGGCUGAAUGGAGAAACUGAAUACUCAAUUUUGUCUGGUAAUGAAAAUGCAACAUUUCUAAUUGAUUCAGCACGAGGAAUUCUAGCAACUAAUACAGGCCUAGAUCAUGAAAACAUUGCAUCUUACAGGUUGGUUGUACAAGCUGCCGAUAAAGGCAGCCCCAGACUCUCUGCUACAAGUAUUGUGAGGGUACAAGUGUUGGAUGUUAAUGACAACGCUCCAGUUGUCCAACCACUAGAUGAAGUGGAGGUCCCAGAAAAUGCCCAGCCUGGUUUUAUUGUUACUCGUGUGUCAGCAAGUGAUGCAGACUCCAGGCCAGCACUUCAGUUUGCUUUUAUUUAUGAUAAUAGUGCUGGAAUGAAAUUUGCCAUUGAUCAACACACUGGCGUAGUCACAGUGGUGGAACCAUUAGAUUUUGAAGAAAUUGCUGUAUACAAGCUGAAAAUCAUAGUUUCAGAUUCUGUGCAUCAAACAGAAGCAGAACUCACCAUCCUUGUUUUGGACAUCAAUGAUAACCCACCAGUAUUUACUCAGGAUUUGUAUCAGGUAAGCUUGCCAGAGCUUGUUUCUAUGGAUGCCACUGCUCUGACCCUCUCUGCCAUGGAUAGGGAUACUGAGCAUAAUGGAAUGAUUUCCUACAAAAUCCUCUCUCCCUCUGAGGGCUUUUCCAUUGGUCACAAGAAUGGUUCUGUGUUUGCUAUUGGACCAGUGACACUCAUGGAAAAUAAUUCCAUUAUUCAUCUCCUGAUAGAAGCCACAGAUGGUGGCAGUCCUGCUCUGAGUGCUGUUGCUUCCAUAGAGGUGCACAUAGAAGAUGUAAAUAACUAUGCUCCUCAGUUCACAAAGGUACUGUACAACAUCAGCGUGAGCGAGGAUACCUCCGUUGGAGAAAGUGUCCUCACGUUUUCAGCCACUGAUGAUGAUUGGACAUAUGAAAACACUUAUGUUGAAUACUCUAUUAUCGAUGGCAAUGUUGAGAAUCUAUUCUCUGUGAAAACAAGUGUCAUGGGAUCAGAAACAUCCUACAAACUUGUUGGCAGUCUUGUUUUGAGCAAUGUUCUUGACAGGGAAACAGCUUCUUCUCACCAUUUGGUCCUCCUUGCCUCUGAUCAUGGAACACCCUCCUUGAAUUCAACUGCCACUGUGCUAAUAACUGUGCUGGAUGUUAAUGACAAUGCUCCAGUAUUUAGCAGCCCAGAGUACCAUAUUCAUGUCAAAGAAAGCAUCCCUGUAGGUAGUCAUGUCACUGAAGUGUCAGCAAAUGACUGUGAUGCAGGCACUAAUGCAGAGAUUACUUAUGCUAUCAUCUCUGGAAAUGACAGGGGACAUUUUCGCUUGGAUGGGAAAACAGGAUCAGUGGAUUUGAUGAAAGCACUGGAUUAUGAGGAUACUGUGAAAUUCACUUUGAUCAUCCAAGCUACAGAUGAAGGAGCUGAUGUAAAAAAUGUGGCUUUUGCUAUGGUUCUUAUUAGCGUCCUAGAUGACAACGAUUAUGCCCCACUGUUUUUGUUUCCCAGUCUGAGCUGCACUGUCAGUGAAAAUCUGCCUGCCUUUUCUUUUGUGUGUGCCGUUUAUGCACUGGAUUUUGAUAAAGGCUCCUAUGGGCACCUUACCUACUCCAUUCAGUCUUCAUGUUUGGCUCAUCGUGAAGCUCCUAGAGACCAUGACGUGUUCUUCAUUGAUCCUUUGACAGGAGAUAUUCAUACAAAGCAAAUGUUUGACUAUGAAAGUCAGAAUAGAUACUGUCUCAUAAUCCAAGCAAAAGACAAAGGUGACUCACUGGCUACCAUUACAGUUCAGGUAGAUAUUGAUGGGAGAGAUGAAUUUGACCCAGUGUUUACACAAGAACAUUAUUUCUUUAAUCUCCCUGAGAAGAACAAAGCAGGCCAGUUGCUUGGCAGAGUGACAGCAUCAGACAGUGAUGGUGGAAUGGAUGGAGUCAUUCAAUACUCCCUUCUAAAACCUUCUCCAUACUUUUCUGUGAAUCAAACCAGUGGUAAUAUUUAUUUGACUCAGACUGUUCACAGAAAGAAAAAUGGCAUAAAAAAGAAUGAUGAUACCCUGGAAUUGUUGGUAAGAGCUCAUAGCCCCAAAAUUGAGUCAAAGUUCACAGUAUGCACUGUUUUUGUAAAUGUUUCCAGUUCUCCUGAGAGUGAUCUCAUAGCAUCAGCACACAGCCUGACCAUUAGUGUUUCCAUCUCAUCAAUGGUGUUCCUGCUGCUUGCAGUCAGCCUUACUGCACUUAUUCUGAGAUAUAAGCAGAAAGGUCUGAUAAAUGCUUGUGUGAAAAAAGCAGCAGUAUCCUCCUCAGCUACUGAUGUGAAUUCAGUAAGAGAAGAUAAGGACUGCCAGAAAAUCCAAAGUACUGAGAGCAGUAUGCUACCCAUGGGUGCUAUAGCAGACUGGCUGAGCCUAGCAGGAAUUGAAGAGGGGAAAAUUGAUGGUGUCCCCUGCAGGCAUUCAGACUCUAGUGGCCAUGGCUCUGCUGAAGGAGAAACUGCAGAGGAUGAAGAAAUCAAAAGGAUCAAUGAGUAUCCUUGCAGAAAAAGUGCCGGCUCAGCACUGAGUGGGCACGGCUCAAGGAUGCCAGAUUCAGGGAUCCCAAGAGAGUCUGAUCAGUUCUCCUGUCAGUCUGGAGAAACAGAUGUUGUGGCUAUCAUGCAAAGCAUGGAGAGCAUGGAGGCCAUUCAAGGAGAAAUCAGAGAAGAAGCCUGUGACACAGCCUAUGCACAUAAAAUGUUGUCUCAAACACUUAAGAAAAUUGGAAUAAAAGAGAAAGACAUAAUGACAGACCUCACAAAAGAGUAUGUCCUAAUGUCAGAUAGGCAAGACUUCGGGUAUGAUUCACUUGCAACUGUUUGCACCUCUGAUGAUGAUCUUGGAGGUGGUUAUAACCGGGAUUAUGUGCUCAGCUGGGAACCCAGAUUUAAACCUCUUGCCUCAGUGUUUAAUGACAUCGCAGAACUGAAAGAUGAAAAUGUGCACAUUCACAACUUCCCUAAAGAGAAGAAAUCUUUCGUCUUUCCUCCUCCCCUGAUAACAUCAGUAGCACAGCCUGGAAUAAGGACAGUGCCACCAAGAAUGCCAAAUGUAAUAUCAGAGCAAUCAUUUAAUAAAUACCUUCAUUCUCCCCUUAUCCAUAAUCUUGGAUACUCUCCACCAACCAUGACUCCAAGUUUUUCUCCUCCUCUCUCUUUACUUACUAUGCAGAUGCCUAUUGCUUCUCCAGUAGCAUCUGAUGGGAAAAUGAUAGGAACAUAUCUUACUGAUCCAAGCUCUGAACUUUUAACAGAGGAAGAAAUGCAGGUCUAG